AUGUCAAAGCUACAAAGUACAAUUAGGACUUUGGACCGGACUAAUACUGCAGCACCGCUCUAUCUUAAUCCCUUUAUCACAACGAGAGUGGUGGCGGGAUUUGGUGUGCCUCGUGAUGUCAUCGACAAAGUGAAAUCGGAAAAUUUGGCUGAAAUCACCGAUGAGAAAAAGAUCGAACUUCUCAAGGGAUCGACAUGGCUACAGUCCGGUACUAACAAAUUCGCCUCACAGAAGGGACAAACCGGAUUCGGUUCUCCUCGUGAUGUCAACUACAAAACAAAGGGAACCGGUGGAGCAGCGGAUGUACCGGAGGAGAAGGUGAGGCAAAAGCUUUCGGCUUCUGGAGAAUGGACGCUUUAUUUUCCAAAUGCAAUUCUAACUAUAAUAACAUUGGAUAUUACACAAAUUCAGGCCCGUGCCUCCGAUGGCAUCGUUCCCCUACAAUCUGGAACCAACAAACUCGCCUCCCAAGCUGGUAUGACCGGUAUUGGUAUGCCCCGUAUUGUCGAUGUACGCAAGGCUGAGGACCAAGACCGUGAAUCACAAGGAUUCAUCCAUCUUCAGAUGGGUACCAACCGAUUCGCCAACCAGUCUGGUAUGACUGGCUUUGGCAUGCCCCGUCACAACAUCACCAAGUACAAAGAUGAGGUCCGUGGUGAGAUGCCCCAUGACGAAGGAAGCACAUCCAGGCAGACAUCCGGCUGGAGAGAG